CUCCCUGUUCAAGUGUUCAAACACCACCUCUCUCCCUUGGGCUCCAAGCUUUCCUCCCUCUCCCUUCCUCCCUCUCCACCCCCCUCCUUUUGUCGCUGUUACUUCUUUCUUUAUGUUUAUUGGAGCAGAUCAUUGAGGCCGUGGGUAUUCCCUUAUCUGAUUGUUCGAGUGGAAAAAUCUUGUACAGGCCUGCAGAUAAACAGGGGGCUCCUAUGCAAAGAGCCAUGUAUCACCAUGGCCCACAUGAGACAUGGCAUUCAGUUCAGCCUAUGAGAAACUGUGACCUGUUCCAUCACGAGGCAAUUUAGCAUGUUGCCUUCCUUGUCAUAAGGUUCUGUCUCGAAUAGAGGAAGUAAGAUGGCAAUUAUAGAGGGACCAGUUAUUUGUCGUCCUGCUGUCCAACAUGUUAAGCAAGCAAGAGUUUCUGCUCCUAUAAUUAACAGUUCAUUAAUAAAGACUAGGCAUCUUAGAAGUGGAUUUUGGGGGUCUCAAGCUAGAUGCAGAAGUAUAACUAGAGUUGGUACUCUUUCUAUUCAACCUUGUGAAAGGAAAGGCUGGCCUGUUCAUUGUAGUUUCAGUUCGUCUUCUGAUGGUAAUGGCAGCAUGGCUGGGAACUUCAGUGAAAAUGAUGAAGAAUAUGUGAAUUCCAGUGUGACUGAAGCAGUUGAGGUCAGGAGUGGAUCAGAUGGUUUCAUGAUAAAGAUGCGUGAUGGUACACAUUUGAGAUGCGUUCACAAUAACCCUCAAGGAGGAAGCCUUCCGGACUAUGCUCCUCAUCCAGCCAUCGUACUAAAGAUGGAAGAUGGAAGUGGUCUUCUUCUUCCUAUUAUUGUCUUGGAGAUGCCAAGUGUGUUGUUAAUGGCUGCGGUUCGGAAUGUUCAUAUUGCUAGGCCAACUAUAUAUCAAGUAGUGAAAGAGAUGAUUGAAAAGAUGGGAUAUGUGGUACAACUUGUUCGAGUCACCAAAAGAGUGAAUGAGGCCUACUUUGCUCAGUUGUACCUUGCAAAGGUGGGGAAUGAAAAAGAGAGCAUCAGCUUUGAUCUUCGACCUUCAGAUGCCAUUAAUAUGGCUGUGCGGUGCAAGGUGCCUAUACAAGUCAAUAGACAUCUUGCACACAGUGAUGGGAUGCGAGUGAUUGAACCCACUAAGUUGGCAGUGCAGGCUUCUCACACAGAUGGAAUGUUAUUCACAGAACUUGACAGGCCUGAUGGUCAGCCUUGCUUGGAAAGCAAGGAGUUUGAUUUGAUCCGUAACAUGCUGAUUGCUGCCGUUGAGGAAAGAUACAAAGAUGCUGCUCAAUGGAGGGACAAGCUUUUUCAGCUGCGGUCCAAGAGAAAGAACUGGACUUGACAGUGUCUACGGCCGUACAUGAAGCCAGCGUUUGGAAGCAAGUGCAAGCCUGACAUCCAUGGUAUAUAAUGUAUCUAGUACUUAGCCACCACGAUUGUGUAUACAUGUAUAGUUGCUUAUGCCAUGGUGGCAUAUAAAAUGGCAUGUGGCGUUAUGUAAGUAUUGGAGUAUAGAACUAAUCCUCAGAUUAUAUACUUGUUUAUCUCCCCGUUCUUUUAAUUUGCUUUUGCUGGUUUUCAA